CAUCUCUCUCUCUCCCUCCUGCCCUUCCCCUUCCUGGCAGUGUAAACACCCAUAUAGUGCAAAGCAAACAAGAGGUUAAGAUGGGCCUAGCCAUGGUGGUGUGCAGUGAGUGCUAAGACCCCUGUGCACUGGCACUAAGGUUGAGACCACAUGGGAGGCCCUGGUUUGAUUCUUGGCCCAACCUGAAAAAGGCGUGGUGGCACAUACCAUGUUCAUGCAACUUGGGAGGCUGAGGCAGAGGAUUUUGUUGGGAGGCCCCAUACAUGGUUAAGAUGGGAAUUUUAUGUUUUACAUAUUUUGUCAUAAUAAAAGUCAAUUGAGGGGAAAAAAAAGCCCUGAUACGUAUUCACUCACUUUUCCUUAUCGGGGACCUUUUGUUGGAGGCCCUCUGUGCCAUAAGUUAGCUUUGAGUUGACUUAGUUAACUGUAAGUUUAACUAGAAGUCUGUCGUCCUAGCCCUGUCCUAACCCUCUUCUGUCGUCCUAGUCUUCCUUCGAAGGCCUUCACUUAAAACCUUAUAACUACAGGGCAUUGUCUUUUACAGGAAGAGGGAGAGACAACCAUCUUGCAGCUAGAAAAAGAUUUGCGCACUCAGGUGGAAUUGAUGCGAAAACAGAAAAAGGAGAGGAAACAGGAGCUGAAGCUACUUCAAGAACAAGACCAAGAACUGUGUGAAAUCCUUUGUGAGCCCCACUAUGACAUCGACAGCACCUCAGUUCCUAGCUUGGAAGAGCUGAGCCAGUUUAGACAACAUGUGUCAACUCUGAGGGAAACCAAGGCCUCUAGGCGAGAGGAGUUCGUCAACAUAAAGAGACAGAUUGUCCUGUGUAUGGAAGAGUUGGAGCACACCCCAGACACAAGCUUUGAAAGAGAUGUGGUGUGCGAAGAUGAAGAUGCCUUUUGCUUAUCUUUGGAGAACAUUGCCACACUACAGAAAUUGCUUCGGCAGCUGGAAAUGCGAAAAUCACAAAAUGAAGCAGUGUGUGAGGGGCUGCGUGCUCAAAUCCGAGAGCUUUGGGACAGGCUGCAAAUACCUGCAGAAGAGAGAGAAGCUGUGGCCAUGAUUAUGACUGGGUCAAGGGCCAAGGUCAGGAAAGCGCUACAAUUAGAAGUGGAUCGGCUAGAAGAACUGAAAAUGCAGAACAUGAAGAAGGUGAUUGAGGCAAUUCGAGUGGAGCUGGCUCAGUACUGGGACCAGUGCUUUUACAGCCAGGAGCAGAGACAGGCCUUUGCCCCUUACUAUUCUGAGGACUACACGGAAAACCUGCUCCAGCUCCAUGACGCUGAGGUUGUACGGUUAAGGAACUACUAUGACGUUCAUAAGGAACUCUUCGAAGGUGUCCAGAAGUGGGAAGAAAGCUGGAGGCUUUUCCUGGAAUUUGAGAGAAAAGCUUCAGAUCCAAGUCGAUUUACAAACCGGGGAGGAAAUCUUCUAAAAGAAGAAAAGCAACGAGCCAAACUCCAGAAAACACUUCCACAGCUGGAAGAAGAGCUGAAGGCACAGAUUGAAAUGUGGGAACAGGAACAUGCACAGGCUUUCGUGGUGAAUGGGCAGAAGUUCAUGGAGUACGUGGCAGAGCAGUGGGAGAUGCAUCGGCUGGAGAAGGAGAGGGCCAAGCAGGAAAGAGUAAGAUCACAGAUGGGGAAGAGGGAGUCGGCUGGGGGUGCGGUGGGGCAGAGAGGGCGUCAGCCUAUGGCAGCUCUUUUAGGUCUCCUUCCUUCCUGGGAUUUACCACGGUUGCUUUUGACUUCUAUGCAGCAACUGAAGAACAAGAAGCAGAUGGAGACAGAGAUGCUUUAUGGCAGCACCCCCCCGACGCCUAACAAGCGGCGAGGACUGGCCCCCAACACUCCAGGCAAAGUGCGCAAGCUGAACACUACCACCAUGUCCAAUGCUACUGCCAACACUACCAUCCGACCUGUCUUUGGAGGAACUGUCUACCGCUCCCCUGUGUCAAGAUUGCCUCCUUCUGGCAGCAAGCCAGUAGCCACUUCCACCUGUUCAGGGAAAAAGACACCCCGUGCCGCCAGGCACGGAGCCAACAAGGAGAACCUGGAGCUCAAUGGCAGCUUCCUGAGCGGUGGGUACCCCGACGCAGCCCCUCUCCAGCGCAACUUCAGCGUUAAUUCUGUUGCCAGCACCUAUUCUGAGUUUGCGAAGGAUCCGUUCCUCUCUGACAGCUCCACUGUUGGGCUUCAGCGAGAACUUUCAAAGGCUUCCAGAUCUGAUACUACGUCUCGAAUCCUCAAUUCAACCAACAUCCAGUCCUGAGAAGCCCUCUCAGCCAGCCGAGGCUUUCUGUGCCUGUCCUGGACCCUAACACAAAGGUGGCUUCAGUCCUCCAGUUCAGGUGUGCUUGAGCCCUUGUUCAGGUUCCAUCACCACAGGCCUAACAGUAGUUUAGUGGGUCCUUAGAGACAGGACUUCAUUUUGACUCAAGAAAUACAUUAACACUUAGUUGCUAGCAAUAAGAACACCUCCUCCUUUUUCUCCCCCAUAAUUCUACUUGCUGAAAUGCAAUCAAGGGCUUAUUUUUAUUUCACUAUUGUCUAGGAAAAUAAAUGACCAUACUUUCCUGAAGUACAUGAAGUACUAUGGCUUGUAUACUUGUAACUAGUAAUUAACACCUUGUUUAGAGAUGUUCAACUAAUGCUGUACCUAUAACAGCUUGGCUAUCACCUGAAGGCCUGUCUCCACCAUACAGGAUGGCCUUCUGCCCAAUAAGGAUGCCCGUGUAUCAGAAGUUAGAUGGCCUGACCUAUUGUCAAAGAGGACAGGGAGGCCCAAAGCUCCUUUGUUAAAAUGUGUACAGUUCUGUUAUAUUGUGCAAUGUCCUCCAGUGUGUGUGAACACAUGUACUUGUCUGAGCUCUCUUCAGAGUUAAUCUGGGUCUAGACUCCCAUCCCCGCACCUGCUAUGCCCGAGUCCCACCCCUGCAGUUGCCAGCCACCCUAGAGGUGGUUUUGGGUGGGUUGGGCCAUUUAUGUCGUGGACAUCUGGGUCUUUGCACAUGUCACUACUGGGUAGUUUUUCCUGCUAUUGCAUCCACGAUGCGGUAUCCUGUCAAUCAUUACUGCUCUUCCCAAAGCACUAUUUAUUCUUAACUGCCUGCCUGCACCGGUCUAGCUGUCAGCACAGUAAAUGGUUCCCAAAAGAUUACCCGUGCAGACAGCCAUGCUGUUCAGUCAUACAUAUAUCUGUUCUAGUUUUUAAAAUACAUGUUAAAAAUAAAUUAAACUGUAUAUACUUACAUUUCAGAAGGA